CUUGGAUUACUGCAAUGCUCCUCAACUACAUGCUCAUCUAAGGAAACAUAUCCCAAGGAACUUGUGUUUCAAAAAGACUAGCAAAAUGGCAGACCCAUCAGCAUAUACCUAUCCUUCUCCUCUGAAGGGUUACGAAAAUCUCCCACCACUACCGAUGGAGCGAGGAGUUGAUUUGAAAUCAUUUGCAAACCCCAGAACCGGAGUCUUGAGCUCGAGUUAUGAUAGAUUUGUCGAACCUUUAGACAAUGGCAUCAGAGGAGCUUUGUAGGUUUCUGACUUCCUUUUGAUCCCGACGUGUUGGGGAGUUGCCAGUUUUGCUUUUCUCUAAACAAUCCAGGUAGCCUUACAAAGUACAAAGUCAGCUGACAAAUGUGCCAAAACAGCGAUGUCCACAUUUACUAUUUCCAAGCAAACCAAGAGCAAACCAAGUUUGCCAAGGAGUUGUGGGAAAGAGUUAGGCGAGAAUGUGAGUUGUAACCGGUGUAUAAUACAACCUCUUCUUGCUAAUUUAGGAAAGUUCCUGAGUUGAGGAUUUAUACGUUUUGGGACAGACCAAUUGGUCCUCAGUGAGUUUUGACUUUUUCUUCUCAUUAGAUCUGAGCAUGUAUUCCAUCUUUUUACUUGGAUCUAGUUGGAUUCAUAGUGGGUCCAAUGGUCUCGCUUUCUCUUUUCUUCAUACACUUUUUCAAUAUCCCAAAUCAACACAAAUCACAGAUACGAACAAAAUAUCCUCAAAAGUUUCGUUCCCAAUCAAGGCACUUAUUCAGGAGCAUGAGACCAUACACUAAUGUCCACAAGUCCAGUAGCAAUGUUUGAAGUAAACAUCUUCACACCUGCACAAUUUGGAGCGUUCAUCCCGUGGCUCGCCAUCAAUCGUGGACCUCUAAGUGCUCUCGUGCAUCCCAAUACCAUAAACCCCGAGACUGGGAAGCAUGAGGAGGAAGAGAGAGAUCACACGCAGCGAGCAAUCUGGAUGGGGGAAAAGCUUCCUUUAGACCUUAGUGUUUUUAAGAAGAGGAAGAGCUAAGAGUGCUUGGUGUUUGGGAAAGUGUUGGGAAGUGGCAUAUUGGUGAAUUUAGGGGUGACCUAAGUGGGAGGAUUAGGUCUGUCGCUGUCAAGAUUCAGUAGGACCUCUUCUUUAGUACUCUUUGCACUAAUUUGGUGUAGCAGUUCCUUUUGAGUGCCUGUUCGUGUCAAAUCUGGUAAGACUAUGCUUUACAGAGUGAGAUUGUAUGAGGCGGGUUAUUUUUCGUCCCUAUAUUUUAUUCCUAUAUGCUCUGAAUCCUGCUAUAUAUAAUUCUUUUUUGGCUACUCGUAUUCUGUCUCUGAAAAUUAUUUUCUGCGAUGGCAUUGAGUACUACGCUGACUGAGGUUAGUCCACGAGUUCUGCUUCGUUGGGAAACUUAGUAUCAC